GGUCACGUGAUGACAAGUUUCGCCGUUUGCGAAUAGGAAGUCACGCGCGGACGGUCCGUUAGGAACGCCGCAGAGCGCUGUUGUUGUUUACUCUCGUUGUUGUUGUUUACUCUUGUUGUUGCUGCUGCUGCUGCUGCCGCUGCUGGUGAGGAGAGCCGUCGGGGGGCUGCUGCCUUCUCCCGUGAGGCAAUCGCUUGACCGUGAGAGAGGCCCCAGGGCUAGUGCCCGUGCCGUCACUGCGGCGCCAAUGGGAUCGCAUUGACAUGCGGCGCUACCAGAGGGGCGGCCACUCCCCAGGCAUCGGCGUGCUGCUACUGGGCGGCGAGAUGCUCCGCUUCGGCCUCCACCGCAUUCCGCCCGUGACGCUGGGCACCAUCGGCCUCAACGCCCUCCUGUUCAUGGCGCCGUGGGGUGGCCCCCAUGCCACCUGCCUGGGCGUGGAGGCCGUGUGGGGUCGCUGUGAUUGGCGGCGCCUGGCGCUGGCGCCCGUGCACCACGCCGACGACAUGCACCUCUACUUCAACAUGAUCUCCGCGCUGUGGAAGGGCGUCGCGCUGGAGGGCCGGCUGGGCAGCGUGCGUUUCGGCACCCUGCUGCUGACGUUGGCGGCGCUGACAGGCGUGGUGCAACUAGCGCUGGCCGCCGCCCUGGCCUUCGCCACGGGCAGCUACUCCUACAUGGAGCAGUGCGCCAUCGGUUUCUCCGGUGUCCUGUUUGGACUCAAGGUGAUCAACAACCACUACAACCCUGGCGGAGUGACCUACGUGAUGAACACAUUCCCCAUGCAGAACCGCUACGCAUGCUGGGCCGAGCUCGUCGUCAUGCACCUGCUGGUACCCAGGGCGUCAUUCAUCGGGCACCUGUCAGGGAUCCUCGUGGGCCUUGUCUACGUGCACAGUCCUCUGCGUCGCUUGCUGGACAAUGCCGUGGUGUUUGGGUCAAGGAUCCUGCGCAGAGUAUUCUACAGCGAACAUGCCGACGCCGCGGGAUGGCGCACCCACCACCGCUACGAGCAUCGCAGCGCGGAGUUCUGGAGCUACACGGGCGAGACAUCGGAGGACGAGGAUCUGCAGGAGGCGAUGCGAGCCAGCCUGCGUGACACGAGAUCGCCCACCCCCCCUGAGCCGGGAUUCCUCUCUCCGGAGGAGCUCAGACGCAGGAGGCUGGAGCGGCUGAGGAGAUAGGAGGGUGCCAGCCCGCGGGCGGGCGGGGCUGGGCAGGGUGGGGGUUACCGGUGGACAGACGCACUCGCGUCCACUCGCACACACUCGCCAACUCACUCACACACUCGCCAGCUCAUGCACUCAUGCACUCACCACUCGUUCUCUCGCGCGCGCACUCACACUCACUCUCACUUGCUGGUACUAAUCGCUCCACUAUGCGCAGCCCAGCUUGGGCGAUGCCUGACACCACGGCCACCGCUCGCACAGAACGCGCUUGUUCGCACGCGCAUGCACUCGGACACUCACGCACGCCCAUGCACGCACUCUCACAAGCGCACGAACUCGCUCGCACGCACUCGCACACACUCGCACGCACUCGCACGUACUCGCACGCACUCGCACAUGCGCGCACACGCACGCACUCGCACAUACUUGCACACGCACACACAUUCGCGCGCUCAGUACCGUGCGCUCUUUCUUGUCGCAGCAGAUGAAACUUUUAUUUUC